GCCUCCCCCAGGCUGGGUGCUUCCUGAAGCAGAGACUGUCUCCGGCACAUCUCACUAUCCCCAGCACCUCCCACAGCGUCUGAAACAGAGCAGGCCCUUAUAAAAUGUUUGUGGAACUAAACUGAGCCGAAAGAUCUGGAUUGGGGACCAGGCCCCAUGUGACUGAGUUACAUAUUCUCUGCUCAUCUGAAAAAUGAAUUGGCCUAAUUGAUCUUCCAAGUCCACUAGUCUGUGCAGGGAGUACCUGUUUCCCUUAGUUGCUGGUGCGAAGCUGUGCCCUCAAUCAACCUUUUGUAUGCUAGGUCCAAUGCGAGAUGCUUCAGAUGCUGGGAGGUCCCAGCUUGUGGAUGGAGAAAGAGAUGUAAAUAGAUGAUUUACAGCACUGUGCAGUGUUGGUCUGUGUGAGCCCAGUGGAGACCACUGCCUGGGCUGCUUGUGGGGGAUGAAGAGAAGUCUUGGGAGAGAUGGAGAGAGAGUAUUGAGAGUGCAGUCUUCCUGGGGACAGUGACAUUUUAAGCUAUAAGCCAUUGUGACUUCCUAGGUGUUCUAUUCCUCUUUGAGCACUACUGAGUUCAUAUUCUAGUCUGGAGUGCCAAUGUUAAAAUCACAGUGCAGUCGUUAUCAUUGUUGGCCUUGAAGGCAUUCUGCAUCGAGGAGCGUGUUGAGAGGAGGUAAGGGAGAAGGGACUGCAGCACGUUCCUCUGCUGCUCCUAGGGGUGAGGACUAUCUACAGGGUAGCAAGAUUGGCACUGGAGUUGGAAGGGCCUUGUGUGUCUACGUUGUUUGGGGAGGGUGGUAAGAAAGAUAAGUAAAACCUGAAUUGUUUUAUAUCCUUGGGCUACUCGCUUAUCUGGUUUAUCUGUAGAAUGAGUAUAAUCUCAGCAGGAUGGGAAGCCAAAUGAAUGAUUGGUUGCAAAGUGCUUUACAAAUAGAUAGUUCAGGACUAUUUUGCCAGGUGACAGAUAAUUCAGAACCCAAGAACUGCCUAACAGUUCUAACUGGCUAACAGUUGCCAAAGCACAAUAGUGCUGCACAGAUAACAUCCUUAACCAUUUUCUUUUCCUAUAGCUUCUCCCCCAGCCCCAAAAAAUUGGUAUAUGAAAAUUAAGAUGAAAUAUUAGGUAUCUAAACAGAUUUAUAGUAAUCAUCAAUAUAUUUAUCAACACUUUAAUUCUACUGGAUUGAAAUGCAUGUCUACGUUUAAAGACCUUUUAUAGGGCAUCAGUUUCCUGAUACAGUGUUGCUUCAGUGGGAGUGAGCAGUGUUGCCUCACAGUGGUGACUGCUGAGACAGUGCUCAGUAAAUUCCUCAUCUAUGCCUGUCUCCUGCUGUUCUCUGUGCUGCUGGCCCUUCGUCUGGAUGGCAUCAUUCAGUGGAGUUACUGGGCUGUCUUUGCUCCAAUAUGGCUGUGGAAGCUGAUGGUCAUUGUUGGAGCCUCAGUUGGAACGGGAGUCUGGGCACGAAAUCCCCAAUAUCGAGCAGAAGGAGAAACGUGUGUGGAGUUUAAAGCCAUGUUAAUUGCAGUGGGCAUCCACUUGCUCCUGUUGAUGUUUGAAGUUCUGGUCUGUGAUAGGAUUGAAAGAGGAAGCCAUUUCUGGCUUCUGGUCUUCAUGCCGCUGUUCUUUGUCUCCCCGGUGUCCGUUGCCGCUUGUGUUUGGGGCUUUCGACAUGACAGGUCACUGGAGUUAGAAAUACUGUGUUCGGUCAACAUCCUGCAGUUUAUAUUCAUUGCCUUAAGACUGGACAAGAUCAUCCACUGGCCCUGGCUUGUCGUGUGUGUCCCCCUGUGGAUUCUCAUGUCCUUUCUGUGCCUGGUGGUCCUCUAUUACAUUGUGUGGUCUGUCUUGUUCCUGCGUUCCAUGGAUGUGAUCGCAGAACAGCGAAGGACACACAUAACGAUGGCACUGAGCUGGAUGACCAUCGUCGUGCCUCUCCUUACUUUCGAGAUCCUGUUGGUUCACAAACUGGAUGGCCACAAUGCGUUCUCUUGCAUCCCGAUAUUUGUCCCUCUUUGGCUUUCCUUGAUCACUCUGAUGGCAACCACAUUUGGACAGAAGGGAGGAAACCACUGGUGGUUUGGUAUUCGCAAGGAUUUCUGUCAGUUUCUGCUUGAAAUCUUCCCAUUUUUGAGAGAAUAUGGAAACAUUUCCUACGACCUCCAUCAUGAAGAUAAUGAGGAAAUGGAGGAAACGCCAGUUCCAGAACCUCCUAAAAUUGCUCCAAUGUUUCGGAAGAAGACCAGGGUGGUAAUCACCCAGAGCCCUGGGAAAUAUGUCCUCCCGCCUCCCAAAUUAAAUAUUGAAAUGCCAGAUUAGACACCACUCCCUGGAACAGAAUGUAGGUGGACAGGGACGCACGCUGUCUUCUACCCCCUCGGCCUCUUUGUUUACCCCCCGCCCCGAGCUGGAGCUGGGGUCCCGGGGACUUCCAUCUCAUGCCUUGUUUGCACUCAAUGCCUACCAGUGACUCACCGUGACGGGAUGCACACAUGGCAGGGGACGGGCACGCGCAGUGUGGGCUGGGGGGGUGUCAGUGCUGUGGGUGUGAUGGAGGGAGCAUGUGUGAGAAGAAGAAAGCAGUCCCCUACUCUGGGCAGGUGCCUCGGGAGCUGGCUUGGCUCUGUUAGGGACGGCUGAUGAGGCCAGAGAAGGAACUGGUUUUCAAAGUGCUAAAAUUCCCAUCAAAGGGGUUCUUUGAAAAUGUGUUUUUAAACCAGGCUGGCCUCACCACGUAGCUUAGCAUCUGCUGUUGUGGCGUAGUCCCUAGGAACUGUAGGUACGCCUCUGUGGCACCGCGCACACCCACGCCGUCGCUACCGUUUGUGUUCCUGCCGUGGGAGUAGUUUGUCUUCGGGCAGUGCUGACAGCAGUUGUUAAUGGCCCCAUUGGUGAGCCCUUUCUAAUGGAGCGACUCUGUGCCUGUAUAGUAUUUAUACAAAUAUUUUAGCAUUGUAAUAUACCGUGUCAAAUCCUAGUUCUGUACAGUAUACUCUGUUAAAGUAUUUUUCUACAAGCUCGUAUUGGAGACAUCCGUGUUCUGUUGCAGAAGUAGAAACUGCUGGCACACCCGUCCUGCCCGGGGGGGGUCACCGCUCAUGGGACACCAUCAUCUCCGCCGUGGAACCCUCCACACACAGUCCGGCUACUUCCAGAACAGCCAGAAAAGGCAAGAAACGGCUUGGGCUCUUCCUGCGUUCUGGGAAGCCUGGCUGUCAGACAGCUCUCAAGCACGACCUGAAACUAGAAAUCCAGGACAAAGUGGCUGAGACUGGACACAGCCACUGGAAUGGUGGAUUUGUUAAGGGCUGAGGCCUUGUGUCUGCCCCCACUGAGAACCCCUCUGGCUGGCCCCGGGUGUGUAACGAGGAGUGCGGUGGCUCCAAGAGUGGCUGCUGGGGACAGGCGUCAAAGCAGAAGCAAGCCGACCCUCCGGGCUAAGAGCCUUCUGCCUGAGAACAAGCCACCAUUUGUUCUGGGAGGGAAAAGGAGCCCUGACAUCCUCACCCAGGAGAAGAGGGAAGGCUUUAACGGGCAGCCGUUGCCAUGUUGAAACUGGGCUCAGCUGCUGUCCAGCACAGACGAGACCACCUGGCACAGGCUCCCACGAGCCUGCGGUCUCUGGGGGAGACGGGAACAUUCAGGAUGGCAAAGCCUUGCCUGCUUGGUGUGUCACAAAUGUAGCGCAAUCCACUAUUUUUGCUCCUGCAGCUGUUCAAUAAAAUGGGUCCUCCUUUUCCAUG